AUGUGUGAAGAAAUAUUUAUACUUCUGACUGAAUGUAAGGAGAUAUCUGUUGUAGGACUGCUCCUGGCGUCGACUGGCCGGCUGGAGGAGGCCAUGGCCAGCUACAGGGCGGCGCUGCGAUGCCGUCCGUGGCUGGCCCAGGCGCACCUCGAACUGGCCCAGGCGCUCCAGCAGAUGGAACGCCACGACGAGGCCAUCAGGGUGCUGGAGCUGUGCCGCGGGACGGGGUCGGCGCCGGCGAGGGACGGCUGGACGCACGCCUGGGCCGUCACCACGUGUCGCCAGCGUCUCGCCCGCGCCCACAUCGUCGGCGGACGCCCUCACGCCGCCCUCGAGGAGAUCGCCGUGGCCCUCGGCAGCGCCCCUGACGGAUACGGCGUCCACGCCCUGCACACGCUGGCGGCAGAAGCUCACCUGGAGGCCGGGGAACACGCCGAGGCACAAGCCGCCCUCUCGCGCGCCCUCACCGCCCACCCACACCACGUGCCCGCCCACCUCGCCUUCUCCAGGAUGCUGCAGGCCAAUGGAAGCAGGGUGGAAGAAGCCGAACAGUGGCUCAGGAGGGCCGUAGCUCUGGCACCUAAUGAUCCACACGCACACAAACAUUUAGGCCAACUGUUGCUGGAAACGGACCGCGUGGAGGAAGCGGUGGGGGCGUGGCUGCGGGCGGCGCUGCUGGACCCGACGGACCACACGGCUGCCUUCAAUGCCGCCACCGCCCUCAGGCUCGCCGGCAGGAACCAGCACGCCGAGACCUUCUACAGGCGGGCGGUGCAGCUCAUGCCUAAGGACGUGGCCAGCCACCGCAACCUGGGCGCCAUCCUGCACCUGAACGGCAAGCUGGACGAGGCCCGCAGGCACUACCACGAGGCCCUGAGUCUGGCCCCGGGCGACCCUCAGACGACCACCAACCUGGAGAGGCUGUCGGCGCUCGUCAGCAAGAAGGGCCUGUCGUAGGGCGCGCGCCUGCGGGAGACACUCAGCAACACAUCGCCGUUCUUGAUGUUCUUGGUGUUUGUUCAGUAUUGGUAACGAGCGCAGAGAACUAACCUAAGCCUACAUCGCAUCACAUCCACAUCAACCGUUCACGGAGAUAACUAAGAAGAGGAACGAAGGAGAGACAAGAAGAAAGGGGGAGAAGGAGAAUAUAGAAGAAGGAAGAGAGAAGGAGAAGAAGCAGAAGAUGGUGUAUGGAAAUGUCUCAUGCCAGUCUGUGAUGGGCUUGCAGUAUUCUUGUUUUAUAAAUAUAUGUCAACAAUGAAUUGACGAUGGAUGAAAAGGAUCCCGAAGUAAAGAGGAACUGUUGGUAAAUGAAGAACGAAGGAGAAAUCGAGAAAGUUUGGAGGCGAACUAUAGAGAAAAGAAAAAACAACACAGUAUAAAUCAGAAAAAAAAAGAAACGAACUUUAUGAAAGGGAAUAUAUAUAACCAUUUUUCUAUUUACAAGUUUUAUGAUAAUCUUGAAAUAUCCAUCGAUCUUCAAGACGCUUUAUGAUUACCUUGAUUCAUUAUUCUAGAUACACCAUUUAACGAUAGGAGAACACUAUAUCCUGCUCAACACAUCAUCGUUGACAUACGAGACAGAAUUCCGUAACCCCUUCCCCCCCAAAAAAAAAGAUUAAGAAAAAAAUUCAAGUACUUCCAUAUAUAGAUUUACAUCGUACUCGUGUACCACAAUUGUUUAUUUCCCUAAGGUGAUCUUAUAAACAUGCAGGACUUACCUUUUUAUAUAUAGCUCUCCACGUCCUGCCGUUCUGUUUAUCUCCCGUUGGAAUCGGACACAGGAUCCCUCCCCCCUCCCCCCCCAUCCCCGAACACCCUCCUCUAUUCGGUGUUUCGAACGACAGCGAAUCGUGUUUCAUUUUCUUCCCGAAAAGUGGUAUUAAAGUCCGAUACGUAAACAAACGAAAACGAAAAGGUUCGGAUACCACAAGGAAGGGGAUUCGACUCCUCGAACGCGUUCACAUGAAUGUUCGAAACCCACAAAUACAUUAUCUCUCCCUUCUUCGCUGUGACCCCCUCUAUAAUAACCACCUAUACAUCGGUGUUAUGUGUGAUAUUUGUUGACAUUUCCUUCGCUAAUAUUUGCAACAUUAUCAUGAAUUAAUAUCGCUUUCAUCGUGAAUAAGGUACGAAAAUCUAUUAAAUAAAUACAAAAAAACAUAUAAAAAUGGCUUACCUCCCCUGAGAUGACUUUCCUGUUGGUGACUGAGAUUUUUAUGGACUCAUAAAACACGAAACUCCCGGACGAACGAUCGAAACCCAGUGAGAAUAUGAUUAAAUUAAUAUAUAAAUGGAUAAGAAAAAUAGCUUAAAAGGCUAGGAUUUUAUAUAUUAUUGAUUCACUAUUUCUGUUGUAUUUUUUCCAGAACUCAGUGCGAUUAACAACACACUAUUGUGAGACACACACACACACACACACACACACACACACACACACACACACACACACA